CCGCCAUGGCCAUCUGUCAGUUCUUCCUGCAGGGCCGCUGCCGCUUCGGAGAGCGGUGCUGGAACGAGCACCCCCGCGGCGGCGGGCGCUGCGGCUCCUCCGCGCCCCACCACGCAGGUGCAAGCAGAGGAGGAGGAGGAGGAUGGAGUACCACUAAUCAGAGAUACACUAAUGUUAUCCAGCCAUCUACCUUUAAGUCUAAUACAUGGGGUGGCAGCAGAGAUCAGGGAAGAGGAUUUUUUGGCUCCUCUGAUUUUGGAUCGUCAGGUGGCAGCAGCAGAAAUGCAGACUUUUCACAGAACAGAUUCUCUGCGUUAAUGAACAGUCAAAAUAUUGCUGAUGGCAAUAAAGAUGAAGAUGAGAGACUUCUUGAAUCUGUAGUGAAAGACAUGGAAAUUUGGGAAUCUUCGGGGCAAUGGCCAUUUUCAUCUUAUUCACCUAUGAAGGAAAAGCCAAAUGUCUCAGGUUUUGCAGAUUUCUCUCCAGAAGAGUUGCAUCUGGAGUAUUAUAACUGCCGAGCAAACAAUGACAUUCAAAACUAUAUAGAUUCUGUACAAAAGUUAGCAAAACAGUGGAAAAAACGGCUGUUUCAGCUGAAAACUUCAAAUGCAUCAAAAGCAGCUCUGCUGUCUGAGUUGAAGAACACAGUCACUCAACCAUUGCCUACCUUUGGAUUUGGAGAACAGCAAACACCAAGCUUUGGGGUGCCAAGCUCUCCUGUGAACAGCAGCAGCAGCGCUAGCAGUUUCUCUUUUAAAACAAGCUCCAGCUUUGUCAAUGCAUCAUCUGGCAACACCCCUGCUUUUGGGAGCUCUUCUGCAGGUUGUAAUACUCCUGCAUUUGGUAUGACGUCCUCUCCUACUCUCUCCCAUUCUGUUGGUUUUGGCAGCCCAGUGGCUCCAUCUGCAGCCUCCUUCUCAUUUAAAACUUCUGAAACAACUAGUGGUUUUGGAGCUUCUGGCUUUUCGGGGUUUGGCAGUUCUGCUGUGAACUCUUCAAGCACCGCUUCAUUUACAGCCUUUGGAGCUUUUAAUGCUGCAGCUUCUCCCUCACAUUCAAGCACUGGACAGACUGCCAGUGCCUUUGGACUUAGUAUCACAUCAGCAUCUUCUGCGGUCACAAACAAUACUGUAUCAGAAAAGUUAUUUACACCAAAGAGUGAAUUAUCAGCUGAAGAGUUGAAACAAUUUGAAGCAAAAAAGUUUACAGUGGGAAAGAUUCCUCUUAAGCCACCACCAUUAGAACUUUUAAAUGUUUUUGACUUUUGAGUUCAUUUUGAACUAACAUGGUUUUGUCAUCUCUCCGAUAUCUCAACUACACAAUUUGAUGGUUGAGUAAUGAAAUAGAAUGUUUCCAUUAGAGUUAAUUUCAUUUUAAUUUCUAAGCCUUCUGCAAUAAUUAACUUGCAGACAUGAAAUAUUUUAACACUGAAUUUUAUCGUUCCCAUUUUGGAAUGGAACUUUUACAUCCAAGAAAUGAACUAAUGAAAAUAAAAUUUAAAGUUCCAUUUUA